UUGCUUAUUAGUAAAAAAUAAAGUAAAAAAAUAAAGCAAGCGAGUUGAAAAGUGACCCAAAGACGAAAAUGGAAUCUGCAGAUUGGCUAAAGGCUUAAGGAAAUCACUGAAUCUGUGUUUUGUUCCAGCUAAAUAUAAAAAACAGAAACACAGAAGUCUUGCUCAGCAGCAAAUUCCAAGUCAAGGGAACUCGACGACAUUCUUGUUGUUGUUGCUGUUCGCUGUUGGUUUUUUGCAGUUUGUUAAUAAAAACACAAAUUUCCGUUUAAUAAGUAACUAAUAGCCCUCGGCCAGUUUUGGCUAAGCAUGGCCAUGCAUUCGUCGUAUAUGCGUGCUGGCCAAGGCCAAGCUGGAGGCGGAGCACCCAGUGGCCUCGUCCCAGCCAGUCCCGAUGAGAUGCACGGAUUUUUAAAGGAUAAACAAGCUUGGGAGCAUGCCAUUUCGCUGUAUCAGGGCCCCGAUCCAUUGGACCAUUGGUAUAAUUACAUAUGCUGGUAUGAGAAUCAUGCCAAUAGUGAUCCGGAGCUCAAGUACCGCGAGACAUUGGAACGUUGCCUGACUGUGUACGAGCACAACGAUUACUAUCGUCAAGAUGCCCGUUUGGUGCGCCUGUGGUUAAAGUAUAUAGCCAUGCAAACGGAUCAAUUGCAUUUCUAUCAGGUUCUAUUCCAACGAGGAACAGGACGACAGGUGGCUGCCUUCUAUAUAGGCUGGGCCGGUUACUACGAGUCGAGAGAGGAGUUCAAGGAUGCCGAAGCAGUUUUUAACUUGGCCUUCCAGGAGAAGGCCCAAACCCAUGCCGAACUGCAGCAUGCCCACUCCAAAUUCAAUUACGCACGCUCCGUUUAUUUCCAGCGGCAGCAGCAGCAGCAGCACCUCCAACAACAACAACAACAGAUUUUACAGCAGCCAGAUGCUUUGCAACAGUUGGCAAAUUACACACAGCAACUGCCACAGAGUUACAAUCAGCAGCGUCCACCAACCCAUUCGCAGCCAUAUCAACAGCAUCCGCAACAGCAGCAACAACAACAGCAGCAACCACAUCCGCAGCAACAUCUACAGCAGCAGCAGCAGCAGGAUCAACUGCCUUCCCAGCAUAUCUACCAGCAAUAUCAUCAUCAUCAACAGCAGCAGCCACAGCCGCAGCAGCAUCACCAUCAACCAGUAUCCUAUCAUCACUAUACAGACACACAAACACCAUCAAAUCCUCCGCCUCAGAACCAUUAUCCAAAUCAGGCGGUAUAUGCUCCUCCCAUGCCUGGAGCAAGCCAGCAGACGCAUUAUGAGUCACAACAGCCGCAACAAGAGCAAAAGCAGGAGGUGGAGCCGCCACAACAGAACCAGAACCAAAUGACGCCCACGAUGGCUACGGCUACCGCAACGACAACGGUUCCUGUGGUUGCAAGUGCUCCUGCGGCAGCGGCGGCUGCUUCACCUUCGAAUGUCACGCACAAUGGUAAUGGCCAUGUGGAGGCACCUGCUCCUGCUCCGGUCAUGUCAGAGGUGGCCGGUUUACGUUUGCCGCGCAAUUUUUAUGCCUACGGACGCAAUAAUCAUGAGACCUGGAAGCCGGCAUUGACGCUGGAAGAGCCCGAUGAUCCCUCAAGAAUCUGUCAUUAUGCCAAACAAUUAGUAUAUCCGCCGGGAUUGGGCAUUGAGUAUAGCCCAGAAGAGCUGUUGGCACGUAAAUACAAACAGAAAAUGGAGGAGCGGACGAAACGUCAGCAGCAACAACAACAACAACAACAGCAACAGCAAUCGUCGGAUCAGCAACAGGAGCAGACGCUCUACAAUUCCUAUAACUCAUCCGAGAAUUCUUACUAUAUGACUGCUGUAGAUGGAGCACUAUAUGGCAACCAAAAUACGAGCAGUGAAUUAGAAUCUAAGUUAGGCCAACAAAACGAAGAGGAAGGAAAUGAAGAAGACGAGCAAGACGAUGGUGAAGAAGACGAAGAGUCUGAGGAAGGCGAGGAGGAAGAAGGAUCCGAAGAGGCCACAGACGAUGAGGAGGAAGAUGAGGACGAGGAGGAGGAAGAAGAGACCACAAACGGUAUACAAUUCAGUGCCCAGACUACAUUUGAGCAGUCAAAUCGCUCAAUUAAAAUCAAAUUCAAAAAGGAACGCACGCUGGAAAGCAGCAGCAGCGCCUACAGUGCCUACACCAUUGAGAAUGUCUAUCAGCAAAGAGAGCAAAUAACCCAUACACCCACUCCCAUGCCAAUAGCAACACCAGCGACAGCGGCUGUAACGGUGGCUCCGGCUCCGGCACCAGUUCCCGCCCCUCAACCAAAUGUCUCGCCUAUACCCUUAGCUAAUCAACAGAGGCAGCGAAAUGGUCACCAUUUCCAUCCCUAUCUCUUGGGCCAGACAUCAACUCCGAAGAGUGAGGCAAAUGGAUAUAGACGCAUACGAACCAAAGCUAAACGCAACAAAUUUCAAGCUGAUCUCUGCAGCAAUAGCAAUUCCUCAUCCUCGGUCACAACGGCAAACGAUGUGGCUGGUAGCGGGACAAUUGCUAUGGCCCAUGGCCAUGCCCAUGCCCAUGCCGCCUCCUUCAAUGAUAACGCAAAUUUCUCUUUCUCUAGUGCCACUGCCUUGGAUAAUUCCAAUAGCUCUUUAGCUUUGGCUGUGGACCGACUGAAUUUCCGUGACUCUUCCCAGAUAGUUGGCAAUCAAAGUCAGGCCAUUCCUAAUCAGUCUAAUACGGUUACACCUGCUCCUGUUAAUAAGACACUACAAGCCAUUACUAAUAACAAUAACAACAACAACAACAAUGGUGCAGAUUUUUCCACCUUUCAGGAGAACUCAUAUUUUGCCACCCAACACGAUUCGGAGGCACAAGAGAGACGUCUAUCGAAAGCAUUGGAAACAAUUGAACGUCAUUUGGCUAAAGAGGCAAUUGAUCCAUUUAAUAGUGAAUUGUGCCGGGCAUUUUUGGCCAAACUUAAUUUUCCUGGUACCAAUGAAGAUGACGAACAAUCCACAUAUAAAAUUGUUCAAACACCAUUGCCAAAAAUUUCCAAUACACGCACUCUAAAUGUUCUAGAAGGUAGUGUUCAAUUCAAUAUUGACAAAGAGGUGGGACGUGGUUCAUAUGGAUCGGUAUAUAAGGCAACCGAUACAAGGACUGGCAAUGUGGUGGCUCUUAAAUAUCAAAAGCCCCCAAACACUUGGGAAAUUUAUAUAUGUGAUCAGGUGCUUAAACGCAUUACAGAUCCGGAGAUACUGCCCGGAUUAAUGGACAUAUCGACAGCGAUUAUAGCACCAAAUGCCAGUCUGAUAGCCACAGAGUUUUCACCAUUUGGUUCAUUGCUGGAUAUCAAUAAUAAAAUACGUCAGGCCACCACCAAAGUGAUGCACGAAUCCCUGGUCAUGCAUUUCUCUGGUCAAAUUUGCAAUAUUGUUGAUUAUUUGCAUCGUCAGCAUAUAAUACAUGCAGACAUUAAGCCAGAUAACUUCCUGCUGAUGCGUGUACCAAAUGUGGAUAGUCCAUUGCCAUCGUUGCGUCUAAUUGAUUUUGGCUGUGCCAUCGAUAUGACGCUCUUUCCGGAUGCGGAGCAUACGAAAUUUCGUAAAGUCAUACAUACAGAUGGUUUCACCUGCAUCGAGAUGCAGGAGAGUCGCCCCUGGUCCUAUGAAACGGAUCUAUUUUGCAUUGCCGGCACAGUGCAUGUGAUGCUCUUUGGUGAAUACAUGCAACCGCAAAAACGCGGCGCCACCUGGGAUAUACGCCAGAAGCUGCCGCGUUAUCUCAAAAAGCAUGUCUGGUCGAAAUUCUUUGGUGAACUUUUGAAUAUGCAGGCCGAUAAGUUGCCCCAAUUGCAUCAGAUGCGUAUCAUAUUUGAAGAGGAAUGCCUUGGCAUGGAUUCGGAACUACAGAAACAAAUACGCACGCUAUCCAAUAUAUUGCAUCGGCGAUAACUGCAAAUACGUUCAAUACACAUUUCAUUUAUAACAACCCCCAAAAGCAAUUAUCCUCAUCUCCCCGACCAAAACGAAUAUAUAUUCAUAUAUAUAUAUAUUAUUGUUUGGUUAUUUGCUUCAUAAGCAAAUGAUCUUAAAUUUUAAAUAUAUAUGCCACUCUCUGUGCGUAUAACAACUGAAACUGUACAAAAAAAAAGAAAGAAAACAAAAGCAAAACUAUUUGAUUUAA